AACGUCAUUGUGAAAACCCUAAUUCCCUCUCCCUACCCGGCUAAACCCCUGGGGGCCUGAAGUUCGCUCCUUGCGACUGGUUUGGACUUUGUGAAUCUUCUAAGAAGCUCACCCACCCAAGAAGCUCUUCACAUGCCUGUAACCCAAACAGAUAACAGAGCAAACUCAAUAUCUGUUGCCUUUACGCCUCGCCAAGUUUUGCUAGGAAUGAAGCACUCCAGUGAUAACAACGCCUCUUCCAAUGGAACUUUUCAACUGAACCAGGAAGAGAAGCUUCUUCUUCACAUCUCUGUGGCCCAUUAUUUUCAACGCUGUGGAUUCUCCAAGACCCUGAAGAAAUUUCGUUCUGAGGCAAAAAUCGAGAAAGAUAGUGUGGAGACUUCCUCAGUUGAUCUAGAAGAAAUGUGUCUCAAAUAUUUAGAAUUAUGUUGUAAGGAUGCUAAGACAAAUACCAAUUGCCAAAAGGAGCAAGCUGCUGGUAAGCACUCAAAAAAAGAUGUGGAUGAUCCUUUGGUUGCUGGUAUGGAUAAUGAUGCUGAGAAAAAGAAAAAGAAAAAGAAGGACAAGAGUGAUGGUGAUCAUGUUGUUUAUCAGCCUGGAUCAGAUAAAAAUAUAAAGGGUUCGAUGGACUCUGGGGAGAAAACAAAUGGCUCAAACCCUGUAUCAAAAGAUAAGGGUACUGACAAAAAGAAUGAGGAAAAAAGGAAAAAAAGCAAGUUAGCAACUGAAUCUCUUACUAACAGUGUGGAGAAUGACCAAUUACAAUCAGAGUCUAUGCUUAUAGAAGCGAAAGGUGCUGAGACACAGAAGAAAUCCAAGGACAAAAAAAAGACAAAGAAAGACAAGCCGAGUUGUGAUGGAGAUGCAAAAGAGUUACAUACAGGGGAUCCCACUGAAAAUACUUCAAAAAUGGAUAAUCUUGAAGCAUCAAAUAAUGAUGUGACAGGCAAGAAGAAAGAUUCUAAGAAAAGGAAAAAACUGACUUCUGAAGAAAAUAAUGUACAACUUGCUGAUAAAAAGGCAGAUGAGGACCCCAAGCGCAGAAAGGUAGACAAUCUCAAAGAAUCCAAGGAAGGAGAGCAGUCAGCAAAAACAACUGCAAACAUGGGGAGUGAUUCAAAUUCUAAUAAAGGAACUAUUGGGGCAAUUGGUCAAGAUGGUCGUGAUCAGACACUGAAGACAUCCGGUGAACAUAACGGGGAGACAAAUGGGACUAAUAAAAACUUUUCUGAGAAGAAGUCUCGGAAGAAACAGGAUUCAAUCGAGCCAAAAUCAGCAAAGCCAUUUCAACGGGUCAACAUUGAGAAGAUAAAAUUUGCUGAUGAGAGGCUUCAGGAUAACUCUUAUUGGGCAAAGGAUGGUGCUGAGUUGGGUUAUGGUGCAAAAGCUGAAGAAAUUCUUAGCCAGGUUAGAGGAAGGGAUUUUCGUCAUGAGAAGACCAAGAAGAAGCGUGGGAGUUACAGAGGAGGGCAGAUAGAUUUACAAUCCCACUCAAUUAAGUUCAAUUAUUCUGAUGAUGAGGAAUGACCAUGGGGCAUGUGGUUCUGUUCUUUGCAGGGAAAUUUCCAAUUAUUUUUGCUCUUGGUUUUGGAUAAGAAUACACUGGUUAUUAUUUUGGAGCACUAUGCUAAGUAUGGUGUUGCCAUGAAAAUUUUCCUACGUUGUUGUACCGUCGUCACUUCAGGCAACUUUCACAGAUCUUCGUGUUCUGCUUAAUGCAUUCUUAUGAUGUAUCAUCUUCACUUUAAAAGUGCAUUAUUUCCUUUUCUAAGCCCUGGUUUGCAGCCUAUAUUUAAGACUGUCAAAUUCAUGAGAUAAAUUUAUAAGAUUGGCUCUUACUUUC